CAAAACUACAGUUCCCAGAAUCCCCUAGCAUGAAGCCAAGCCAGUCUCAAACGGGAUUAUCUUUGCAGUAAGUUUUGGACCCCUAUGAAUCUGGGUCAUGAACAGCCCUGCUCAGGUCUUGCAAAUUCAGGACAGGACUCGGCAUUCCUGAGAAUGCUACCUGUCUCUGCCUUGAGACAGAAUUUAGCCAAAUGGAAAAGAGCAUCUUCAACCAUGUCAGAGGCUGCCUUGGAGAAUGGGACAAGGACUCUUGAGUGUGACUCAGUUGGCCCCGAGUUAGGAAAAGGCUCUUCUACUGUUCAGGAUGGGAGUGAUGGAAAAUUUGGGGAAAUAAGUGUCAUGCAGAAGAGCCUGACAGAAGAUAUACUCAGUCCAGAUGUGCGACGGCAACGCUUCAGGCAGUUCCGCUACCAGGAGGCUGAGGGCCCCCGAGAGGUUUGCAGCCAACUCCACUCUCUCUGCCAUCAGUGGCUGAAGCCAGAAAGGCACAGAACGGCUGAGAUGCUGGACUUGGUGAUCCUGGAGCAGUUUCUUACUGUCCUGCCCCCAGAGAUGGGAAAGUGGGUGCGAGAAUGUGGAGCUGAGACCAGUUCCCAGGCGGUGGCCCUGGCAGAAGGUUUUCUCUUGAGCCAGGCAGAGGAGAAAAGAGAGGAGAAACAGGAGGUGAAGGAGUUGUUUGUGGAAAAGAUGACUGAGAUAGAGAAGUUUCCUUCCAACUGUCAUCAGAGGCUGGAGUCCACACAGGUCACACAGGAUGGGGACAGACUGACCACCUCAUUGGGAGAAGGAAUGUGGACCAGGGCAGAACAUACUGAUUUACAUCCAGAUACUGAUCCACUACAAAUGACUUCUGCAAGACAGGAUCAGGUGACCUUUGAUGACGUGGCAGUGCAUUUCACGGAGGAGGAAUGGGCACUCCUGAAUCCCAACCAAAGGACCCUUCAUAGAGACGUUAUGGCAGAGAACAUGGCCCUCCUAGAUGGUGAUGAGCAGAAGACCCAAAAGGAAGGAGAACCCCAAAAGGUAUUGCUAGAAAGAGGCAAAUUUGAACAGAAAGAAGGGCAGACAAGACAAACGGACACCAAAGACAAUAUGACAAACAAAGUCCACACUUCCGAGAGUGGUGAUAUGUAUGACAUCUCAAUCCAAGACCCAACAGAAAAGGGAAAAGCAAGUAGUGAAUAUCAUGCUUUGGCAUGUGGGGAAAUACUUAGUUCUAAUUCAAGUCUCUGUCAUCCAAACACAACUGAUCCAGAGAAGCAAGGCUCCAAAAUUGACGGGUGCACCUUCUGUUUUAAGAAAUGUGUGAUUUCCCAUCAAAAAGUUCACACAGGAGAGAAACAGAUUAUAUACAGGAGAGAAACAACAUGCUUGGAGUGUGGAAAAAUUUCUAGUCAGAAUAUAAGCUACACUCACUAUCAAGAGGCUCGCUUGCAAGGGAGACCCUUUAAAUGCUUGAAAUGUGGAAGAUCUUUCAGCCAGAAGUUAAGCUUCACUCUUCACCAAGUAAUUCACACAGAAGAGAAGAUGUUUAAAUGCUUGGAGUGUGGAAGAAGUUUCAGUCAAGAGACACAAUUUAUUUCUCAUAAAAAAACCCACGGCAGGAAAAAACCAUUUAAAUGUGUAGAAUGUGGGGUAAGUUUCAGAUGGAAGUCAAGCUUCGGGCAUCAUCAAAAAAAUCACACAGAGGAAAACUCAUUGCAGUGUUUAGAGUCUAGGAAAAGUUUAGAUACCAAAGAAGAUCUCGAAUCCCACCAACUUACACACGCAAGAGAAAACUCAUUCAGAUGCUUGGAGUGUGGAAAACGUUUCAGUCAGAAGACACAACUCACUUCUCAUCAAGCAGCUCAUAUUGGGGAGAUACCAUUUAAAUGCGUAGAGUGUGGGGAGAUUUUCAGAUGGAAGUCACAUCUCCUUUGUCAUCAAGCAGUUCACACAGAGGAGAAAAAAAUUAAAUGUUUAGACUGUGGAGAAAGUUAUAAUACCAAGAAAGAGCUUGAGUCUCAUCAAGUUACGCAUGCAGGAGAAAAUCCAUUAUUCAAAUGCUUGGAGUGUGGGAAAAGUUUUAAUCAGAAGGCACAACUCACUACUCACCAAGGAACCCACACAGGAGGAAGACCAUUUAAAUGCUUGGAUUGUGGAAAACGUUUCACUGGAAAGGGACGCCUCAGUUUACACCAAGUAAUUCACACAGAGGAGAGAUUCUUUAAAUGCUUGGACUGUGGAAAGAAAUUCAGAUGGAAGGCACACUUCCUUCGUCAUCUUGCAGCUGACUCAUGUAAGAAACCCUUUAAAUGUUUAGAAUUUGGGAAGAGUUUCGCUUGGGAAAAAACCUCAUGUACCAUCAAGUAAACUCACACAGGGGAGAAACCAUUUAAAUGCUUGGAGUUUGGAAAGAGCUUCAGCCAGAAGAGAAAGCUCACUCGACAUCAAACCUCACAUGGAGAAGAAGACUAUUGAAAUGUUUGAAGUGUGGGAAGAACUUGAAUAUGUAGAUAAACUAGGAGAAAUCUCGUUCAAAUGCUUGGUUUGUGGAAAAAGGUUCAGUCAGAAGAUAAGUUUCACUCAUUAAUAAGCUCAUUCACACAGGGGAGGAACCCAUGAGAACUGAUAUAUACAAGAAGCUCAGAAGUUGGUGCUGGGGGAAUUCCUAUCUGGUGCCCUUUGGGGGUUCCCAGCUUUUGGUCCUCCAUUGGUUUUGGACUUCAGGUCCCCGAAGCCCCAGCCAACUUGGCCAACAAUCAGGUAUUAUGGGAGCUAAAGUCCAAAACAUCUGGAGGACCAAAGAUUGGGAACCACUGGUCUGCAGCAACUUUGAAUUUAAGUUGUGUUUCCCCAUAAAGUUUAAUACUUCCAUGAAACCACUUCCAAGAGGUUGACUGAAAUUUGGGAGAAGGGGAUUGGUACAACUAGUGUAAAGCUAACGAUACCCAGUUUUCAUAUUUGAAGCAACCAGAGUAUAAUGCAGUUUAUUCCUUCUAUUGUCCUCAUGUAGAAAAACAAUCUGGCAUGUGACCUUCCUCUCUUUCUCCUUCCCUCCACCUUUCCUAGCAUUAUUGUUUUUUCCAGUGAGUCCUUCCUUCUCAUGAUGAGUCCAAAAUACAACAGCUUCAUUUGGUCAUCUUGGC